GACAAUAUACGACGAGAGAAUCCAAGCUCUCCAAAACCCUAAAUUAUGGAUACUCAACCAACCGAUCUCAACGACUAUUCACCUUCAUCGACCAUCGUUAACUUCGACUGUCCAGUCCCUCUUCUCCGAGGACCCCUCGCCGCCGGUUCACCGGACGACCCAUCUACCGGACCUUUCGUCCUGGCAUUCAAGAACGCCCAAUCUUGGUUCUCCGCAUACAAAGCUUGCGAGUCCCAGAUCACCACACAGUGCGAGGCCGGUGCCCGAAUCGGCUGCGCCAUCAGCGCAUCGAGCAAGUGUAAGCCCCCAUGGUGGAAAACUGUAUUGGGUAGAUCGAAAAUGGACUUUAUGGAGAGAGCAAAAUGCGAAGAGCGUGAAAUGGCGAUCUGUGUCCAGGCUUCUAAAGAGAAAUGUCGUGAAUUUGCGAAGGAGAAGUGUUUGCCGGCAUUUAGAGAUGCUCGAAUUGCGUUUAGUGAUAGGAAGGUGGAUUGGAAGGAGGCUUCAAAGUUGAUUUAUUCGGCAUCGUUGUCGUCGUCUAUGUUGCAUACGAGUUUAGGGUUUGAUUCGAUUGGGUUGGACCAAUUAGGGUCUUGGAUUGAAUCCAAGUGUGUGUUUGAAGUGACAAAUUGCAGAGGGAGUGACUUAUUAGGCACCAAUUUGAGUGAUAAGUAAAAGUGUACUGCAUUGUGAAGUUGAUUUAUGAAGUUAAUGGUGCUUGAAUGAAUGUAACACUUGGGAUUCUUCUGACCUGGACAACUUUACAAGAACAAAUCACAAGCUGGUUUUGGGUCUCAAAAAUUGGUGAAUUGGAAUUUCCAGUCACAUGCUAUUUUUUGGCGGUGGAAUCGAGUAUGCUAACAACAUUGUCCAGAGAAUUUCAGGAGAGCGUUUAUGAGUUAAGUUCUACUUCCUUGAACCUCCCGGAGGAGUUUCCUGUUUUCUUCUAAUUUUCGAUAUUUUAUUUUUUAAUUUUAAUUUUAAUUUUUUGUCAUCUGAUAGAAAAAUGCAAAUUGAUAGAAAAUGAUGAUGAAUGUUUUGAUGUUGGAUGAGAGUUAUGUGCUGUUCUUAUCUAUUUUGUUCAGUUUCCUUUAUCUCAUACACUAUAUAUUGUUUAUGAAAUUUGAUGAUGCCCUAUGGAUUCGAAAAAGAAGUGUAUUAUCUUUUAAAAGCGUAUUGUUGCUGCAUUUGAACUGAUACUCCAUGUUCUAUCUCAAAAAAUUGCUAGUACAUAGUAACAGUUUUCUUGCAACACACAAAUUUAGGCCACUUGUGUUAAAUGUUGUGUCAUGCCCUGAUCCAGCGAGCCCAGAGGCCCAUCCUAGCAACAAGAUAUAGGCCCAAGGGAAAUCCAAAGCACAGGGUGUGAUAAUAAUAUUAAUUACUAACACCAUUCUUUUAGACUAUAAAACUACUAUUGUUACACUUUUUAAAGAUUCAAGAAUGAAGAUCUCCAAAGCCCGCCCGAGGCAGUCCAAAUAUGGUGUUCAAUAGCUGAGACGUAGCAUCAUUGAGAAGGUAGGAUAAAAGUCCUAAAGCAUUAAAAAUUUGAAAAUCCUCAUGCCAAAUAAAUUACAUCUUUCAUUUCGGUUUCUUCAGCAUCAUAAUAUGUAAGUGGAGAAAGAGUAAACGCUAUAGGUAAAUCCAAUAAGUUUUUAUAACUGAAUUCUCAAUUGCAAAGAUGGUGUCAAGUUUGUUAAGAUGUCAAAUAUUAAGAUAUUUCCCAAAUAUCUAAGUUUCAAAAUCCACAGCAUUUACCGGAAAACCAAUAAUUGAUAGAUCAUGUAUCAUAAUGUUGUACAACACAUUUUGAGUGUUUAACCUGGGAAGGCUGGGAUUAUGUCACCUCACACCCCUCACAAGGAUGCUACAGUGGCUUUAGAGGUGGUAAGCAUUGCACCUGCUUGACAUCAUGCUCCACUUGGCAUUUUACAAUCCAAAACAAAUAGGUUUCACAUUUUCGUCAAAUAUAUAGACAUAAUCAUGCCUGCAUCCAUAUGGGAUAAAGACAACGAUGAUGAUGAUAUUAACAUAAUCUUGAGUACAGAAUAGCAAAUUUUCUAUCUCAAAUGCGACAGACCAAGACCUGACACAAGUUUUCUUCUUCUUUUUUCCUCUUUACUUCUUUCCCUCAUUAUUGGCAUAGAUGACCUUUUGCAUAAUUUAUUAUUGUUACUUUUUUUCUUUCUAUAUAUAAAUGAUUGUACAGAAGAUCUCCUAAGUCCUGGAUAUAAGUCACUGCUAUUAAACUUGAGUUUAAUUUUUUUUAAGACUAGUAUAUGAACACUUCAACACUUCCAUUUUGCUUACACAUAACAUAUUCAUUAUUAUAAUAAAAUAGUUCAAUAGAUUUAUAUAACAUUUUUUUUUUGUGUGUGUGUGUGUGUAUAUCAGAUUCAGGUUGGAAGUACUUGAGACCUCAUUUCCAGCAAUCUUUCCCUCAUUAUAUUUCAGUCUUUGGGUAGUUGAAUACAUUAUCUAUGUCUAUUCAACAAAUCUACCAGAUCUAACCUUAGAUCUUGGCUCUUGUUUGAAAUUAAAUUUUAAAAAUUAUCCAUGAAUCCAAUUCUGAUUUUCUCCUCUUUUUUUUUAUUUUUAUUUUUUUAAAAUCAAAUUUCUCUUGUAGAUUUUGAUAAAUCUACACCAUUCAUCAUGUACCUCGUCAUCGAGACAAUAAUGCUUAUAAACAUGCUUUGCAGAGUAGCAGAAAAAGAGUUUAAACUCCCCAUGUCCUCAUUGAGAUGGCAGCCACAAUUGGGGUUUAAAACCUCAUUAGCAAUACAAAGAGUGAAAGAAAGAUAAAGGAAAAGAGCCCUUCGAAAUUCCACAUAGUUGAGUAAAUUUAAGUCGUAGGUAUAUGUGAAAGGGCCAAGGUUGUUUUGCACCCCUUUUUUAGCUGCCACUUUUCAUAAAUAAUUGUACUCAACUGUAAGCAACAUGCUAGAACCUUAUUUUCAUGGUUUUAUUUUUAGUCUAGAUUUAUAUGUUACAGAGUAUUUAUUAUUAUUAUUUUUUAAUUGAAGUCUCUAUUCAAUUUUAGGAAAAAUUAGAUCUGGGGUAGGGUUUUGUAACACAAACGCUAUCAUGGUAUUCACAUAGCAAUUAAUGCUUUGUUGAUAAAGAACCAGUGUUCUCUAAAAUGGAUUAAAUCACCUUUUCGUACUCAUUUUUGGAGGCUGCUUUGAAGCUGACUGAUGGCUACUGCCUCUGUUUCAUCUAAUGUUUAGCAUAUCUUCAGAUGGUUGCAUUGAAUUGACAGGCAUGCAUGCAAAAUGCUCGUUAAAUUAAAAGAACAAAUUUUCUUGGCACUUUUGUCUGGCUAAAGCUGAUACUUCAUUUUUAUGUACCAUUAAGAUCCAAACACGGUCUUCAUUUAAAAUUAAAAUUCCUUCCUUCGGUUGAAGUAUGCCUACUCCUCCACUGAGCAUGCUUCCCCAGAUUUGAACUCGUAAAAAAGUUCAAGGAAGUAUCAUAAAAGAAAUCCAGACGCAAAUAAUUUUCUAAUUGAUUAAAGUGAGUUGGGUUAGCCAAUCACUUUCUCAAUGAGAGAGAAAAGACAGCACAAGAAUCUUGGCUUGGUCAUUUUAUAGCAAAAAGAUAGUGGGAGACAUUCUAGGUCCACUUUUGCUGACCUUAAACCCUACAAGGAAUCUUCAGUCAAAACAAUUCUCAAAAUAGGGGUGCUACUUGGCCUGGCCAUUAGUAUAAACACGGAUUGUGGUUGUCAUCUUAGUGCAGAACUCAUUGAAUAUUGCAAAGAAAUAUCAAGGGUAUCCAUGCUGAUUCAUCCUCAUGAAUAUCAUUCUUUUGGAUCUUCCAGCAUUUUGAAAUUUCAUCCGAGGUUGCCAUCAUGAUCAAUCAGUCCCAUCGUGAACCAAGUAUCUUUUCGAGUUAACACCAUAGCCUCUCUUAGUUUUGUACGAUCUCCAAAUUUCAUUUAGGAUCUGGUCAUUUAUUAUGGAACACUGCUAAUAAAAUUUAUUUGACUCAGGCUAUAGUGUAAGGUAGACCGGAAUGGAAACAUAGGAUACAUGUAGCCGACCCCAAGUAGUUGGGAAAAAGGCUUUUUGUUGUUGUUGUUGUUUUUGUUUGCUGCUGCUAAUAAAAUUUAUCAUUCUAUAGCCUCUGAUAAAAAGAAACAAUCCCCGUUCGCACUUCCUCAUCAGAAGUCAAUAGCGAACCAUCCACCCGAAUUUGACCAAUGUGAUUGCCCCUCCUAUGAGCAUUAGCCGUUCGGUGAAAAAACUUAGUGUUGCGGUCACCUUCUUUGAGCCACAAAGCCUGAGAUUUUUGCCGCCAUGAGAUCUCCUUCAUCACUGCAAUCUCAGUACAUUCAGCCUGACAAGCUGCUCUUCUAGACCGUUGAGUCUCCUCAAGACCUCCCACCGCAUCCAAUCAAUCAAACUCUGCAAUAUCAGUGAAAGCCCUAUUUUUCCUCCACUCCAUGCUAAUGCUAAGCUUUCUUGCAAGGAUAAAACUCGAAGUACCCACCACCAUGUCCUCCUCCCACCAAGUCCGCACCAGACCCUGAAAACCCGCCGCUCUAAGCUACAUGUUUUCAAAUCUGAACGGAGUGCGACGAGGACUCAAACCUCCACAAUCCAAAACCAAAGGAAUGUGAUCCGACGUCACCCUAGCCAACACAGCCUGAACUGCAUUUGGAAACUGCUCAUCCUACUCUCCAGAUAUCAAGAAUCUAUCCGGGUGUGAAAAAGUAGGCAUCUCCCUACCACAAGACCAAGUGAAAGCAGCUCCCUCCAAAGGAAGAUCAAUGAGCUGAUGAUCAUUGAUAAACUCCGAGAAAAGUCUCACAGCCGGAGUCUAAGACCCACCUGUAGACCUCUCCAACGGGGAUCUAAUCACAUUAAAGUCACCUGCCACACACCAAGGAAGAGACCACAUCUCCUGAACCGCACAAAGCUCCUCCCACAACGCAGGCCUCUCACAGUCAUCCACCGGCCCAUAAACACCAGAAAAAGCGCAAGGGAAACCAUCAUCUUCCAACACAAAGGCACAAGAUAAAGAAAACAGCCCCCUACACACAUCCAUCUUAUCCAUCCAUCUCCUAUCCCACAUCAGAAGAAUGCCCCCUGAAUUCCAACUGAAUCAAGUGCCUCCCACUCAACGAACCUACUAGCCCAACGGCUCUUAACAACUCUAUCAGUCAUAGAAUCGAUUUUCGUUUCUUGGAGACACACCAAAUGAACCCCCCAUUUCCUCACAGCCAUCUUCACCACCUUCCUUUUGCCCGGGUCAUUGAGGCCACGGACAUUCCAGGAUAAAAGUCGAUAAAGCUCCAGGCCCGGAUGGCUUCACUAUGAGUUUUCUCCUGGAAAGCUGGGAGGUGGUUAGACAGGAGAUUAUGGGCACUUUUCAUGAGUUUCAUCCCACUGGAAAGUUCGAAAAGUCGCUGAAUGCUUCUUUUAUUGCUUUGAUUCCUAAGAAGGGGGGAGCUUAUGAUAUUAAGGACUUUCGACCUAUCAGCUUGAUUGAGUGUUGUAUAAGCUCAUUGCCAAGGUCCUGGCCUCAAGAUUGAGGGGGGUUUUGGACGGAGUCAUUUCAGAGGCUUAAAAUGCGUUUAUUGGGGGCAGACAAAUUCUGGAUUCCGUUCUCAUUGCUAGUGAAUGUGUGGAUUUUAGGCUUCGUAGCGGCGCUCCUGGAGUUCUGUGUAAGCUGGACAUCGAGAAAGCCUAUGAUCAUGUUUGCUGGAACUUUUUGUUCUAUUUGCUUGAGAGGAUGGGUUUCUGUGAGAGAUGGAGGAAUUGGAUUGUUACUUAUGUUUCGUCUGUCAGAUUUUCGGUGCUGGUUAAUGGCUCCCCUUUCUGGUUUUUUGGCAGCUCUCGUGGUUUGAGGCGAGGGGACCCCUUCUCCCCCUUCUUGUUUAUUAUUGUUAUGGAGGCUCUUAGCAGGCUGAUGAGGAGGGCUGUUUCCUUGGGGCUUAUUCGGGGCUUCAAGAUUGGUCUUGAGACAGUUCAUCAAUUGGAGAUUUCUCACUUGCUGUUUGCGGAUGAUACGUUGGUUUUUUGUGAGGCAGAUGAGUCACAAUUGCGUUACCUGAGAUGUGUCCUGGUUUGUUUUCAGGCUGUUUCUGGUUUGAGAACUAACGUGGGAAAAAGUGUGCUUGUUCCUGUGGGGGAGGUUCAAGAGGUGAACUCCCUGGUAGCUGUCCUUGGAUGUAAGACGAGUUCCUUCCCUAUUUCUUAUCUGGGUUUGCCCUUGGGGGUCUCCUCAAGAAGGGUGGGUUGUUGGUACCCGGUUGUUGAGCGCUUCGAGAGAAGGUUGGCUGGAUGGAAAAAAUAAUAUCUUUCGAAGGGAGGAAAAGUUACGCUGGUGAAGAGUGUCCUAUCCAGCCUCCCAAGUUAUUUCCUUUCUCUGUUCCAGAUUCCUUCCUCUGUUGUCAGGAGACUUGAGAUGAUUCAACGUAAUUUCCUUUGGGGCGGUAGGGGGGAGGAGUUUAAGUAUCGUCUUGUUCGGUGGGAGCAGGUCUGUAAGCCUCUCAAGUCAGGAGGCCUUGGGAUUCGGAGGUUGGCCGCCUUCAACAGGGCCCUUCUUGGCAAAUGGCUUUGGAGGUUUGGCAGUGAAAGACAUAGACUUUGGAGGAAGAUCGUUGCUUGUCGGUUUGGGGAGGAUAUAGGGGGUUGGUCUGCUCAACAGGCUAGAUCUGCUAUUGGUGUGGGUGUGGGUGUGGGUGUGUGGCAGUCCAUUGGGAAGGGUUGGGAUGAGUUUUCUAAGCAUAUUAUAUUCAGAGUCCGGGAAGGUCGGAGUGUCCGGUUUUGGGAGGAUCCGUGGUAUGAGGAGCGUCCAUUAUGUCAUCAGUUUCCAAGGUUGUUCAGGAUUGCUGUGGAUUGCUAUGCUUUGGUUGCCGACUGCUAUUGCCUUGAUAGCGGUAGGUUUUCAUGGGAUGUUCGGUUUCGGCGAGCUUUUUAGGAUUGGGAGUUGGAUGAUGUCACUGCCUUUUUGGACCUUUUGUAUCGACAGGAGGUGGCUGGUACUGGGGUGGACCUUUUGAGUUGGGUGCCUUCUUUGCAGCGGACUUUUCAGGUCCGGUCUUUCUUCUUUUGUUUGUCCGGUUUUCAAACCCCUUCUUAUCCAUGGAAGACGGUUUGGCAUUCGAAGGCUCCUCUUAUGGUGGCUUUUUUUGCUUGGACUGCUGCUUGGGGCAAGAUCCUAACUCUGGACAAUUUGAGGAAGAUGAGACAUGUCAUUGUUUAUCGGUGUUGUCUGUGUAAGACCGAUGAAGAGUCUGUGGAUCACCUUCUCUUGCACUGCCCAGUGGCCCAUGACUGUUGGAGUCUUAUGUUGGGUCUUUUUGGUAUUCAGUGGGUUAUGCCUCGGACUUCACAGGGUCUUAUUGAUAUCUGGAGGGGACAAAGGGUGGGGGCUCGAGUUCGCGAUUUCUGGAGGGCGACUCCCCUUUGUUGGGGAGGAGUUAUCCAUUGGGGCUCUUAAGUAUUCUAUUAUUUGUUCUCUUUUUUGUUCGGGUAUGGGGAGAGAUUUUUCCUCUGUUGAGGAGCUUAUGGACUUUUUGGGAUCUUUGGAUCCUUAGGCUUUCUUUAUUUUGUUUUUGGUUUUUGUACAGCUCUUGGGAUGCGUUCCCCUAUUGAACGCUUUCUAAUACAUUUUACUUAUCAAAAAAUAAAAUAAAAUAAAAUAAAAUAAAAUAAAAAAACAAUUAUCAUUCUUUUGAAUUAUCUGUAUGAAGCAUUCAGAUGUUUGGGGUCAUUGCUUGACACGACGGUAAAAAGUUGCGGAUGACAAGUAUGAGGAUGUGGGUGAGGGCAAAAUAUGCCAGAAGUGUUUGUUCUUUCCUUCAUAGUGCACUCCCCACUGGAAGGAUCAGAACUGGGCAUUGACCUUUUCUAUAUGUGAAUUACAACAUACAAAAUCAUGACUUGACACUAAGGUUCUCAAUUGGGUUUAUGGGCUGCAAAAUAAGUCCACGAUCUUGUCAUUUAUCACACAUACCCACUUUGAAAUAUAAAUUCCCAGACUUCAGCAAUCUGUUCUCGAACUUAGUCAUCAAAUCCUGCCUGAUGUGCAUCUUUAAACGUGGCUUUCACGAUAUACUGCAUAUUUCUUUCAAACACGUCAUUCUCUGGAUCCUAGUUUUGAUCCCACAGAAAAUUAAGAAUAUUCUUGUCACCUUUAUGGCUCUUUAUUUUUGGAUGGUGAUACAAGUGCUUCAACAAUAGAUUAUUAAAAUUGUUCUUACAUACUGAAAAAACAAAACAUUUAAAAUUUUAUUUAAAGCAAUUAGCAUUGCUUAGGCACUCAUUACCAUUAAGAUUAUGAACGACAAUAAAAACAUCUGAUUAUUUAUGCUUGAAUUCCUUUAUACUUGCAUCAGUUUGAUGGGUAACAGGUCAUCCUGAAUCUCAAAAAACUCAUCUGAAAGAGUGCCUGAACAGAUAAAAAGAAAAUUCUGAAAUGCAUCUUGUACAAUUGAUAAUCAAGAUAUAUUAACAAGUUAUUUAUAGAUAAUUUAAAAUGAUAUAUCUGACAAAUGGUAAUCAGGGAUGAGGAUUUUUUUGAAAAUGUCCUUCCUUGUGCUUCUGCUUUAGCUGGAGCAGUUUGUGCUGUGCUUUUGCUUUGCUUUACCUGCAUGAAUUAUUUGGAGAAAUGUGAGAUGUAGAAUAUCAUUAUUAAUAUUCAAGUUUGUUAUCAAAGCAUCAGUUCUCCCUUUGGUACGUAUGAAAGCUCGUACAAUCUACCUAUACAGCAGUCAAUCAUCUGGCUGGUGGGAUGAUCUAUUAUGAAGUUUCAUCCCAUGCCAAGAAGUGAACUAGGGAAGACCUGUUUGAGGAAAUGUAAAUAUGCAAGCGAAAGGGUUCUUGAAACUUUACAUAGUUUAUAGCAUGGUUGCCCAAGUGCUGGAUCAUUCUCUGGCGCGGGAGGACACUGACCGAAUAUCAUCUCACAACUCAUAUCAUCAAAAUCUGCAUAUGAAAUAUUGCAGUAUAAUUAUAUAAAUUGUGUAUAUCAAUUGAUGGAUUAAUUUUGAUGCAUCACAACAUUGUUAUGUUACAGACCGUAGAUUGUUAAUUCAAGUGCUCCUGCACAUCGCACCAAUUGAUUGUCACAGAGGAACAUGAUUGCUAAUGUUAAGCUUGGGUGCUUUCAGUAAGUGGACUUGGACAUGUGGUAGGCCACACGAAGAUGAUUUUCUUCAAGGUAGACAAAGGAGCUUGAUGUUCUCCUCUAACAUCAUGGUGGGGUACACGGUAUUACUCAUGAGACUUCUGCUUAAUAUGGUAGGAUCGUAAACAUAGAAUAAACGACCCGUUCAGUGAUGCUCCCUAAGUGGUUUAUUCAUGGGGCCCUCCACUGAGAUGAUUGGCAAGACCUCCAUUUUCUAGUGCAGGAUCAAAGAUUUGGUGAAUGAGAAAGGGGCUUGCAAUUGCUGUCAUUACAUACUUACUAGGGACCAUGUUUACUGGCAUUCCCAAGGAGUCGUUAAUGAACUUUUGAGACGGGAUCUUGCAAAGGUUGAUGCACAUUCCGACACAAUUGGACUCCUCUAAAAAUCUGCAAAAUUUUAGAAACGAUCUGAGCUGAUGAUAAUGAUGAUGUUCAUGAUGAUAGAAAUGCUAAAUGAUUUGCAAUAUAUAUGUAGAUGAUGAUAUAAUUGCUUGACAUUUUAAUAUUAAGCUGAUGUGAUGAUGGCAAUAGGGAAAAAAAAAAAAGAAGCCCAAGGACUAGCACAAUGACUGGAGCAGAUUGUUGUCGGGCAUUUGAAGUUGUCUUUAGUUAGGUUAAUUAGGUCCCAUUGUAGUCAUUAUGUCUAUUAAAUUGAAUGAGACUGCAAAAAAGUACCUGCAUUUCUUUAUGUGGACUACAUUCUUCUCUCUGCUUCCGUCGAAUUCCAUCUCCCUUACCUUGUAUAAAAAAAAUAAUAAUAAAUUACUCCCAGGAGAUUUAAUUUUCAGCUUCA